AUGGCAACCGAAAAGAAACCCCCCAUCACCUGCCACGUCCUCGACACCACGCUCGGCCGCCCCGCCGCCUCGAUCCCCGUAACCCUCACGCUGCACAACCCGCCCUCGUCGCUCUCCUCGCCGCUCGUCUUCGCCGCCACCACAAACGCCGACGGCCGCGUCACCUCCUGGACGCCCAGCUCGCCCUUCAGCGCCGAUUCCCUAGAUCUUAUCUUCAAACGCGAGGGCGACCAGCAGUAUAGUCUGAGCUUUGAUACUGAGGAGUACUUUGGGAGUAGGGGCGUGAAGACUUUUUUCCCGGAGGUCCAGGUCAAGUUUGUGGUUAGGCAGGCGGAUGGGGGCAAGGAGCAGCAUUAUCAUGUGCCCGUGCUGUUGGGGCCGUUUGGGUAUACGACGUAUAGGGGGUCGUAG